AUGGCCAACCUUCCAAACUCAAAGCUUAACAGCGAAGAGAAGAUGAAGGAAACAGAGGAAUUAGAAAAUGAAGAAAACUUCUCGCGUGCAGUGCAGCUUGGGACCUCUGUGGUGCUUUCCAUGGCACUGCAAUCGGCGACGGAGCUAGGCCAACAUCGUCUCCUCGCCCUUCUUUCCUCUCACUCCAUUCUUAAAUCUUCCCUCAUUCCCGACCACCAUAACCCUGCCACCUUCCACAGACUCUACACCAUCACUCCUGUCGCCACAUUCUUUGCUCGCAACUCUGAUGGGGUUUCAUUGGGACCCUUGAUGGCCUUGUUCCUAGACAAAAUCUUCCUGCACAGCUGGUCUGAGCUGAAAGAUGCAAUUCGGGAGGGGGGUAUUCCAUUCAACAGGGUUUAUGGCACUCAUGCUUUUGAGUAUCCAAGUUUGGACUCAAGGUUCAAUCAAGUUUUCAACACAGCAAUGAUCAAUCACACCACUUUAGUGAUGACGAAGGUUCUGGAAUGCUACAAAGGUUUUGAUGACAUAAAAAUGCUGGUGGAUGUUGGUGGUGGUCUUGGGAUCAAUAUUAACUUGAUCACUUCCAAAUACCCUCAUAUCCAGGGCAUCAAUUUUGACUUGCCUCAUGUCAUACAACAUGCUCCUUCAUAUCCGGGAGUGGAACACGUUGGCGGAGAUAUGUUUAAGAAUGUGCCCAAAGGAGACGCCAUCUUUAUGAAGUGGAUACUUCAUGAUUGGAGCGAUGAAUACUGUUUGAAGCUGUUGAAGAAUUGCUAUGAUGCAAUUCCUGAUGAUGGAAAGGUGAUAGUUGUGGAAGCAGUUCUUCCAGUAAAACCAGAGACUAGUGCUGCUUAUAGGGCAGUUUCACAACUUGAUGUUAUGAUGAUGACUCAAAACCCCGGAGGGAAAGAGCGAUGUGAACAAAAGUUCAUGGAUUUGGCAACUGCAGCUGGAUUUCGUGGCAUCAGAUAUGAAUGUCAUGUCCACACUUUCUGGGUUAUGGAGUUCUUCAAGUAG